UAGAAAAACAGAGUAGAGCAGAGAGCCAGGGACUAGUAGUAUACGGUAUAGUUCGCGUAUCUAGGGAUCCCUACGAUCCCGUUAGGUGCUCUAUCACUGUCGCAUACUCUCCAAGUUUGUUUCAACCUGUUCAAACAAACCCCCGAUUUAUACAUACACACACCACUACACCCUCUCUCCCUCUAUCUACUCCACCAUUGCCUCCCUGCUACCUAUCUCUCCUCUCUCAUGGAGAAUUCGUCUCCAAACGGGCAUCGUUUUAGAAGAAUUUCCCGUCAGUCCUUCGCUGGUAGUCUGAACUUAGAUCCACUGCUUGAUGAAAACUUGGAACAGUGGCCACAUCUUAGUGAACUUGUUCAGUGCUACAGAACUGAUUGGGUGAAGGAUGAUAACAAGUAUGGGCAUUAUGAGAGCAUCGGCCCAAUAUCAUUUCAAAAUCAAAUUUUCGAGGGACCUGAUACUGAUAUUGAAACAGAAAUGCAUCUUGCUAAUGCAAGGCAAAAUAAGAUCGAUGAUACUGAUGACGACAUCCCAAGUACUUCUGGGAGGCAGUUUACAGAUGCCGCCUCCAAGUCAUCAAGCUUAAAUGUUUUAAAGCAUUUGGGAGAAUCCCCACUGCCCACUUAUGAACCUGUUUUUGACUGGGAAACUGAGAGGUCGACAAUAUUUGGGCAAAGGAUCCCAGAAACUCAGCUAGCGCAAUAUGCCAGUGGAUUGAAGAUAUCAGUUAAAGUCCAUUCCUUGUCAUUUCAAGCGGGACUAGUGGAGCCAUUUUACGGCACUAUCUGUUUGUAUAACAAGGAAAGGAGGGAGAAACUCUCAGAGGACUUCAUUUUUUCUGCAUUACCCACAGAAAUGCAGGAGGCUAGCAGUUCCUAUGAACCUCGUGGUAUUUUUUAUUUAGAUACCCCAUCAGCAUCAGUUUGUCUUCUGAUCCAGUUAGAGAAGCCUGCCACAGAAGAAGGUGGGGUAACUCCCUCUGUUUAUUCACGUAAAGAACCGGUCCACAUGACUGAGAGAGAAAAGCAGAAACUCCAAGUGUGGUCCCGCAUCAUGCCCUACAGGGAAUCUUUCGCCUGGGCUAUUAUUCCAUUGUUUGAUAGCAAUAUUAAUUCUUCCCCUGGCGGGCCUGCUUCUCCUAGUAGUUCUGUUGCUCCUAAUGUGUCCGUAUCAAGUUCACAAGACGCCUCUGAUCCUGUUGCAAAGUUAGAUGGAAAACUAGGUUACUCAAGCGGAAACUCUGUUGUAGUUGAAGUAUCAAAUUUAAAUAAAGUUAAAGAAGGGUAUACUGAGGACUCACUCCAGGAUCCCAAGCGGAAAAUCCAUAAACCUGUAAAAGGAGUGCUGAGAUUGGAAAUUGAAAAGCUCCAAGCUGGUCCGGUUGACUUUGAAAAUGCUUCAGAAGGCGGAAGCAUUGAUCAUGAAGAUCAAAUUACCGAUUCAAGGUUUGCAAAGUGUCCCAGCAAUGGUUCUGAUGGACCUCAGAAUGGGCAUUCAAAAGUGAAUUACUAUGAAGGAAAAGAGUUACCUCGAAAUGGAUCAAUUGCUUUGGGAAAUACAGAUUUAAAUACUGAUGAUUUCCAAGCCUUCGACUUCCGAAGAACAACAAGAAACGAGCCGUUUCUGCAGCCAUUUCAUUGUCUCUAUGUUUAUCCAAUUACUGUAAGUUUGAGUAGGAAAAGGAACCUGUUUAUACGUGUUGAACUCAGGAAGGAUGAUGGUGAUGCUCGUAAACAACAGCCAUUGGAGGCAAUGCAUUCAAGGGAACCUGGUGCAUCCCUCCAGAAAUGUGCCCACACACAAGUUGCUGUUGGUGCUAGGAUUGCUUCUUACCAUGAUGAAAUCAAAGUUUCACUUCCGGCAAUAUGGACACCAUCGCAUCACCUUCUGUUCACUUUCUUGCAUGUUGAUCUUCAGACAAAACUAGAAGCUCCAAAGCCAGUGGUAAUUGGAUAUGCAUCACUCCCGUUAUCAACACACGCACAGUUGAGAUCAGAAAUUUCACUGCCAAUAAUGAGAGAGCUGAUUCCGCACUAUCUUCAAGACGGCGGAAAGGAAAGGAUAGAUUACCUCGAGGAUGGCAAGAAUGUAUUUAAAUUGCGAUUAAGGCUGUGUUCAUCCUUAUAUCCAAUUAGUGAGCGCAUUAGAGAUUUUUUUCUCGAGUAUGAUAGACACACACUCCGAACAAGUCCACCUUGGGGAUCCGAACUACUUGAGGCUAUUAACAGCUUGAAAAAUGUUGAUUCAACUGCUCUGCUUCAGUUCCUUCAGCCAAUACUAAAUAUGCUUCUCCAUCUAAUUGGAAAUGGUGGAGAAACUCUUCAGGUUGCAGCCUUCAGAGCCAUGGUCAAUAUACUAACGCGGGUUCAACAAGAGUCAGUUGAUGAGGCUGAACGGAACAUUUUUCUAGUGAACUAUGUGGACUACUCCUUUGAUGAUUUUGGGGGUCGUCAACCACCUGUUUAUCCUGGUUUAUCAACUGUAUGGGGAAGCUUGGCUCGCAGUAAGGCAAAAGGAUAUCGUGUAGGACCAGUUUAUGAUGAUGUCUUGUCAAUGGCAUGGUUUUUCUUAGAGUUAAUUGUCAAGUCGAUGGCAUUAGAGCAGACUCGGCUGUUCUAUCACAACCUUCCACUUGGUGAAGAUAUUCCUCCCAUGCAGUUGAAAGAAAGUGUUUUCAGAUGUAUACUGCAGCUAUAUGAUUGCCUUCUAACAGAAGUACAUGAGCGUUGCAAAAGGGGUCUAAGCUUGGCAAAACGCUUGAACAGUAGUCUGGCGUUCUUUUGCUAUGAUCUUUUGUCAAUCAUUGAGCCUCGUCAAGUAUUUGAAUUGGUCUCUCUGUACAUUGAUAAGUUCUCUGGGGUGUGUCAGUUAGUGCUUCAUGAUUGCAAGCUUACAUUUUUACAGAUUAUUUGUGAUCAUGAUCUUUUUGUGGAAAUGCCUGGGAGAGAUCCUUCAGAUAGGAAUUACCUUUCUUCUGUCUUGAUACAAGAACUUUUCUUAACAUGGGACCAUGAUGAUUUAUCUCUGCGGGCAAAGGCGACUAGAAUCUUGGUAGUCCUUUUGUGCAAGCACGAGUUUGAUGCUCGUUACCAAAAGCCUGAAGACAAAUUAUAUAUUGCACAACUGUACUUUCCCCUUGUUGGCCAGAUUCUGGAUGAGAUGCCUGUAUUUUAUAAUCUUAGUUCUGUUGAAAAACGUGAAGUCUUGAUUGUCAUCUUGCAAAUAAUACGUAAUUUGGAUGAUGCAUCAUUGGUGAAGGCUUGGCAGCAAAGUAUUGCUCGAACCAGAUUAUUUUUUAAACUGUUGGAGGAAAGCUUGGUUCUGUUUGAGCAUAGGAAACCUGCUGAUAGCAUGCUUAUGGGCGCUAGUUCUCGCAGCCCGGUUGCUGAUGGACCUGUCUCUCCUAAAUAUUCUGACAGGCUUUCACCUGCCAUUAACCACUAUCUAUCGGAGGCAUCAAGGCAAGAAGUCAGACCGCAAGGCACUCCUGAGAAUGGAUACAUGUGGCAGAGAGCAAAUUCCCAGUUAAGCUCUCCUAGUCAGCCAUAUUCUUUAAGAGAAGCACUUGCUCAGGCACAGUCAUCUAGAAUUGGCGCUUCAACUCAAGCAUUGAGGGAAUCUUUGCACCCAAUCUUGAGGCAAAAGCUUGAACUUUGGGAAGAAAACUUGAGCGCUGCUGUCAGCCUGCAGGUCUUGGAAAUAACAGAGAAAUUUUCCAGUACCGCUUCGUCACAUAGUAUCGCCACAGAUUAUGGAAAACUUGAUUGCAUAACAUCCAUAUUUACAAGCUUCUUCUCACGUUAUCAGCCGCUAGCAUUUUGGAAAGCAAUGUUUCCGGUGUUCACCAGUGUCUUUCAGCUUCACGGAGCAACACUAAUGGCAAGGGAAAAUGAUCGAUUCUUAAAGCAAAUUGCUUUUCAUCUUUUACGUCUUGCUGUUUUUCGAAAUCACAAUAUCAGAAAAAGAGCUGUGGUGGGCCUUCAGAUACUCGUCCGGAGCUCUUUCUCUUACUUUACUCAAACGGCAAGGUUAAGGGUGAUGCUGACCAUAACAUUAUCGGAGUUGAUGUCUGAUGUUCAAGUGACCCAGAUGAAGUCUGACGGAACGCUUGAAGAAAGUGGGGAAGCACGCCGUCUCCGGAAUUCUUUAGAGGAAAUGGCGGACGAGUCUAAAAGUGGAAACUUAAUCACAGAGUGUGGUCUACCGGAGAAUGCACUUGGUACUAUUCCAGACGCAUUAGCUGAGAAAAAAUGGUCGUGGUCGGAGGUGAAAAUCCUUGCCAAUAGCAUUAUUCUGGCUCUCGAUGCUAGCUUGGAGCAUGCACUCUUGGCUUCUGUUAUGAACACGGACAGAUAUGCUGCCGCAGAAAGUUUCUUUAAACUUGCAAUGGCAUUUGCUCCUGUACCAGAUCUCCACAUAAUGUGGUUAUUGCAUCUUUGUGAUGCACAUCAGGAGAUGCAGUCAUGGGCUGAAGCUGCACAGUGUGCGGUGGGCGUUGCAGGUGUUGUAAUGCAGGCUCUCGUAAGUAGAAAUGAUGGAGUCUGGGGCAAUGAUCAUAUUACUGCACUACGCAAAAUUUGCCCCAUGGUUAGCAAUGAGAUAACAUCCGAGGCCUCUGCAGCUGAGGUAGAAGGAUAUGGUGCUUCGAAACUCACAGUUGAUUCUGCAGUGAAAUACCUACAGCUAGCAAAUAAGCUUUUUUCUCAGGCUGAGCUCUACCAUUUCUGCGCAAACAUUCUCGAACUUGUAAUUCCAGUUUAUAAAAGCAGGAGGGCAUAUGGACAGCUAGCCAAAUGUCACACAAUGCUAACCAAUAUCUAUGAAUCAAUUCUUGAGCAGGAAUCAAGUCCAAUUCCUUUCACUGAUGCCACAUAUUAUAGAGUUGGAUUUUAUGGUGAAAAAUUUGGCAAGUUGGAUAAAAAGGAAUAUGUUUACAGAGAGCCCCGCGAUGUUCGAUUGGGCGACAUAAUGGAAAAACUUAGUCAUAUAUACGAGUCAAGGAUGGAUGGUAAUCAUACCUUGCACAUAAUUCCAGAUUCUAGACAAGUCAAAUCUGAAGAACUGCAGCCUGGAGUCUGUUACUUGCAGAUAACUGCUGUGGAUCCUGUUAUGGAAGAUGAAGAUUUGGGAAGUAGAAGGGAGAGAAUAAUCUCUCUUUCUACAGGAAGCGUCCGUGCACGUGUCUUUGAUCGCUUCUUGUUUGAUACCCCUUUUACAAAAAAUGGCAAGACCCAAGGUGGAUUAGAAGACCAAUGGAAGCGACGGACUGUUCUUCAGACUGAGGGAUCGUUUCCUGCCCUUGUCAACAGGCUUGUUGUAACAAAAUCAGAAUCUCUUGAGUUCUCUCCCGUAGAGAAUGCAAUUGGAAUGAUUGAAACUCGCACGGCUGCAUUAAGAAAUGAGCUUGAAGAGCCUCGCAGUUCUGAUGGUGAUCAGCUCCCACGUUUGCAGAGUCUACAGAGAAUUCUUCAAGGCUCUGUCGCAGUUCAGGUAAACAGUGGCGUCCUUAGUGUAUGCACAGCUUUCCUGUCAGGUGAGCCAGCGACAAGGCUGAGAUCACAGGAGCUGCAGCAACUCAUUGCUGCUCUCCUUGAAUUUAUGGCUGUUUGCAAACGUGCCAUUCGUGUACACUUCAGGUUAAUUGGGGAGGAAGACCAAGAUUUCCACACACAGUUAGUCAAUGGGUUUCAGUCACUGACUGCAGAGUUGUCUCAUUACAUCCCUGCCAUUCUUUCCGAGCUCUGAAAAUCACUAGUGGUCUUUGUUAGUGUAAUGUGUUCAUAUUGUUUGUACAAGUUUUCUGUAGGUUCAUGUUGUGUUCUUGUUCAUAUAAUUAUUCAUCAUUUGUUGAUAUAUAAUUUUUUUUAUUCAUUUUUGUAUUUUUAACUACA